UUUAUCGUCAACUAUGCUUCAGAACCCACCUACUUUUAACUUCACUCGACGACAUCAUAUUUCACAGAAACCAAUUUAUUCAAUACCUUGUAUACUGAUUGACUUUACAGCCAUGACGCUAUGUGAUUUAAUACCCACUCGAAAAAAGAACCGCUCAUUACCAGAAUUUGUCUUUUUUGUUCAAAAAGUGACGCAUCAGGCCCAUAUUCAUGUACGCACAUUGCUGGUAGCAUUGAUUUAUCUGAAGCGAGCAAAAUCAAACUUGCCCAAACGAGCUGUUGGCAAUGACGACACAACCCACCGCAUGUUCUUGGCUUCUCUUUUACUCGCCUCUAAAUUCUUACAGGACACCACCUGGACAGCCCAUGCACUCAGUAAUCGCCGUGUCUAUGAAAUCUGUGGUGGCCUGUUUUCUCUACAGGAAAUCAACCAAUUUGAGCGUGGAUUUCUUAAGCUUAUUCAAUAUGAUUGUUAUGUGGAUGAUCAAGCAUUACAUCAGUUUGUGGAAUCCAAUCGGUCUGAUUUCUCACUUUAAUGUCUGUAAAUAUAAUGUAAAUAAUCAU